AUGGCGCUGCUGCGGGCGCUGCUGCUGCUGCUCUCCAGCCCGCGGCUCGUGGAGCGGCUCUCGGAGUCGAGGCCCAUCCGCGCCGCCGCCCGGGUCACCGCCACCGCCCUCACCCGCGGCCAGCGCGACCUGGCCCCGCGAUUGCUUCGCCUGCGGGACGCUUUCUUCGCCGAGCUCAAGGACGGCGCCCGCGCGCGGGGGUGGCCGUGGCCGCGCGGGCCGGGGCGCGGCGGCCGCCCAGGAUCGGCGCCGUGAUCG